CCCGCCGGGAGCUUCUCGCGGCUCUCCGGACUCUGAGCCAUGGCGGGGACGGAAGCCUGCCUGUUGCACCAGUGCCCGCUGCUUCUGCCUCAGAACCGGGAGAAAACCGUGUAUGAGGGAUUCAUUUCGGCUCAGGGAAGAGACUUCCACCUUAGAAUAUUGUUGCCUGAAGAUUUACAACUGAAGAAUGCAAGAUUACUGUGUAGUUGGCAGCUGAGAACAAUACUUAAUGGAUAUCAUCAAAUAGUCCAACAGAGAAUGCAGCACUCUCCUGAUUUAAUGAGCUUUAUGAUGGAGUUGAAGAUGGUUUUGGAAGUUGCUUUAAAGAAUAGACAAGAGCUAUAUGCACUACCUCCUCCUCCUCAGUUCUACUCAAGCAUUAUUGAAGAGAUAGGAACUCUCGGUUGGGAUAAACUUGUAUAUGUGGAUACUUGCUUCAGUACCAUCAAGUUAAAAGCAGAAGAUGCUUCUGGUAGAGAGCAUCUAAUCACUCUCAAGUUGAAGGCUAAGUACCCUGCAGAAUCACCAGAUUGUUUUGUGGAUUUUCCUAUUCCAUUUUCUGUUUCCUGGACACCACAGAGCUCCUUAAUAAGCAUUCAUAGUCAGUUUUUGGCAGCAUUAGAAUCACUGAAGGCAUUCUGGGAUGUUAUGGAUGAAAUCGAUGAGAAGACCUGGGUACUUGAGCCACAAAAACCUACACGGAGUGCGACAGCACGCAGAAUUGCAUUAGGGAAUAAUGUUUCCAUAAAUAUAGAGGUGGACCCCAGACAUCCCACUAUGCUUCCUGAGUGUUGCUUUCUUGGAGCUGACCAUGUGGUAAAACCCCUGGGAAUUAAGCUGAGCAGGAACAUACAUUUGUGGGAUCCAGAAAAUAGUCUCUUACAAAAUUUGAAAGAUGUUUUAGAAAUUGAUUUUCCAGCUCGUGAUAUCCUGGAAAAAUCUGAUUUUACUAUGGAUUGUGGAAUUUGUUAUGCCUAUCAACUUGAUGGUGCCAUUCCUGAUCAAGUGUGUGAUAAUUCCCAGUGUGGACAACCUUUCCAUCAAAUAUGCUUAUAUGAGUGGUUGAGAGGACUACUGACUAGUAGACAGAGUUUUAACAUCAUAUUUGGUGAAUGCCCAUAUUGUAGUAAGCCAAUUACCUUGAGAAUGUCUGGGAGGAAACCCUGAAACAAAAAUGUAACAUUUCCAUGAAGAACUAGAAACUUUAAAAAUUAUUAAAAGGAUAUUUGCUAUCUUCAGAGAAAAUAUAAAGCAAGACAUACUAACACCAAAAGGACAAGUGUGGUGAAGCCAUAAUAAUAUACAUCUGCCUUUGUCUCUUCACUAAGAGUAAACUGGGAAAUUGUAGGCCACAGUCCUGUAGAACUUUCUAAGUCCGUGAUCCUUGUACUCAUUGUGGGAGUGUGUUCAUACCAAGAUGGAGAUCUUGACUUGUUGAAUACGUCUGGACUAGAAAAAUCCUGAUGAGGUUCAUAAAACGAAUUUGGGAAUUGUAUAUAGCUGAAUUUUUGUGGGAAAUGGUUUACUUCAUUCAGAAUUUCUUGAGACUCUUGAUAUUUUUGUCUUCUCCUUGUGCUUUCCUAUGGAAAAAAUACAUGUACAGUUACUAGAUUUGAGUUAUUCUGUAUUUGUGUAUUCUGCUAAAUAAAAUUUGUUAUACAAGA